GUAUACUGAUUUGCUAUAUAUUUACACUCCAAAUUUCUGUGUUCUCUAAUUUCUAUCAUCAACCCUCAAUUUCUUCACUCUAUUAAUCUGCAAUCGAAGAAGUAAUCGGAGCGAGUAUAAGCAAGCGAGAAUGCGGAUGAGUUGUAAUGGAUGUCGAGUGCUGAGGAAGGGUUGCAGCGACAAAUGCAGUAUAAGGCCGUGUUUGGAGUGGAUAAAAAAUCCCGAUUCACAGGCCAACGCCACAGUCUUCCUCGCCAAGUUCUACGGCCGCGCUGGCCUUAUGAACCUCAUCAAUGCCGGCCCCCAACACCUCCGCCCUGCUAUAUUUAGGUCUUUACUGUACGAGGCAUGCGGAAGGAUCGUGAAUCCCAUCUACGGGUCGGUUGGGUUGCUGUGGUCCGGGAGCUGGCAGCUGUGCCAGAACGCUGUGGAGGCGGUUUUGAGAGGGGAUCCGAUAACCCAGAUGGCGAGUGACGCCGCUGAGAUAAAAAACGGACCGCCUCUCAAGGCCUAUGACAUCAGGCAUGUUAACAAGGAGGAUAAUUUAUGUGGGUCGAAUGAUCUGCACCGUGUCAGAACCCGGUGCCGUUUUAAGCGGUCCGGGGCGAAGGCGAGGCGGAGUCGUGUCUGGGUUGGGUCGGUUGAAGAGUCGGGUCGCGAGGAGGUUCACAGGUCUCCCAGCCAUGAGUCUUCGUUGAGUCACCAAUCGGAGGCGGUUGAAGCGAAUGCGGAGAGGGAAAGCCGGCGGAGCGAGAGCUUGGCUUCGGCUGAGAUCGCGGAGCAGGUUUUGGAUUCGGCUGUACAAGAUGAGCGUCGAGCCGAUGACGGGGAAAUUGAGCUGGAGCUGACUCUGGGGUUCGAGCCGUUCAAACGAGAUGUGAAGCCGAAAGUAUUGGCGACGAAGGAAGCUGUUGGCUCCGUCGAGGACGAUGCUGGACUAUGUAAAAUGGAGUUGGGGCUUGAUUAUCCGGCUUCCUGAAUAGACGGCUGAGAUCAACUGCCUUAUUAGUUCUUUUUUUUUUUUUAAAUUCCCAGCCUUCUUUCACAGGUUUUUCUUUUCUCUUUUGUUUUUUGGUUGUGGUAUAGAAGAGCUAAAUGCUUUGUAGUUUUACGUAUAUGACUUUCAUGAGAAUAUGUGUAUAAACAUGUGAGAGAAAUGGUAGAUCAAUGAAGGGAACAAGUAUUGACUUGGUCAAA